GCGGGCUGCGAUGCUGCGGCUGCUGGCGACCAGGGGCGCGGGGCGCCGCGUGCGCCCUCCUCCCGCGGCCGGGCUCGGUCACCUGCGCCGCAGCCCCCGCCGCCAGGCUUCCGACGUCCCCCGGAACCAGCCUCCCAGCCCCGAUUUGGUGGCUCGGCCGGUGGGCAUCAGCUCCAUGAUGCGCCUGCCGGUGCAGGCCUCUCCCGAGGGGCUGGAUGCCGCCUUCGUCGGGGUGCCCCUGGACAUCGGCACCUCCAACCGGCCGGGAGCCAGGUUCGGACCCCGCCGCAUCCGGGAGGAAUCCUCCAUGCUGCGCGCCGUCAACCCUAGCACUGGCGCCCUCCCCUUCCAGUCCCUCACGGUGGCCGACCUGGGCGAUGUGAAAGUCAACCUGUACAACCUUCAGGACAGCUGCCGGCUGAUCCGAGAGGCCUAUGAGAAGAUUGUAGCGGCUGGCUGUGUCCCUCUGACCUUAGGUGGAGAUCACACAAUCACGUACCCCAUAUUGCAAGCAAUAUCAGGAAAGCAUGGCCCUGUGGGGCUCCUGCAUGUGGACGCCCACACAGAUACGACCGACAAGGCCCUGGGGGAGAAGCUGUAUCACGGGGCGACCUUCCGCCGCUGCGUGGAUGAGGGACUGCUGGACUGCAAGCGGGUGGUGCAGAUUGGCAUCCGAGGCUCUGCCGCCACCUUAGAUCCCUACCGCUACAACCGGAGCCAGGGCUUCCGGGUGGUCCUGGCUGAAGACUGCUGGUUCAAGUCGAUGGUCCCCCUGAUGGCGGAAGUCCGGCAGCAGAUGGGAGGCAAACCCCUGUACAUCAGCUUUGACAUCGAUGCCUUGGACCCCGCUUAUGCGCCGGGCACAGGGACACCUGAAAUUGCUGGUCUUACCCCAAGUCAGGCUCUCGAGAUCAUCCGGGGCUGUCAGGGCCUGAGCAUAGUGGGCUGCGACCUUGUGGAGGUUUCACCGCAGUACGACAUUUCUGGAAACACGGCUCUCCUGGCGGCGAACCUGCUGUUUGAGAUGCUGUGUGCUCUCCCCAAAGUGACAACUGCCUGAGUCUUCCAGAGACUGCCUCUCUGACCAGUUCUCCGGAACUUACGAGCCAGCAACCUUGAGCAUGAAGGAGUUUAUGCCCACGAAGCUUUCUGCUGCAAGUGUCGCCGUGACUGAAAUAAAAGACAUUCAGAACUCUAA